UGUGUCACAAACACAAAAAACCGUACAAUACACUAAUACAGAUUAUAGACCAUUUCCAGCCAACCCCUUUGCCCUAUCUACCAUUUCGCCGCCGCCGCCGCAGCAAUAGAGCUCAGCUCUGGAGCGAGGAGGACGAUGAUGAAUAUAUUGAUAUGUAGCUCCUAGGGAGGGUGGGGGCAUUAAAGUCAUUUGGUACCUCUCUCUCUCUCUUCUCUUCUCUUCUCUGCUCAGCUCAGGAAAUGGGCAUUCCCUGCGACGACGUCGUGUUGAUUCAGCAUGGCGAAAUUCCCGACGAGCCCUCCGUCAUUACGGUGAAUUGUCCCGACAAGGCUGGGCUUGGCUGCGAUCUUUCUAGAAUAAUCCUCGAGUUCGGACUUUGCAUUACCAGAGGAGAUUCUUCAAAGGAUGGAAGAUGGUGUUACCUAGUAUUGUGGGUUGUUCCACAACAUAGCUCACUUAAAGUUGAUUGGGAGAGCUUGAAAAGCCGGCUUCUAGCUGCAUGCCCUUCUUGUUUGUUUUCGUAUUACUUCAAUCAGCAGUCGAAUCGUCCCUCGCCAUCUCCACUAUACCUUUUAAAGUUUUGGUGCCUUGACCAAAAAGGAUCAUUACAUGAUAUUACUAGGGUGCUUUGUGAGCUUGAUCUUUCAAUUCAAAGAGUAAAAGUGAUGCCAACCCCAGAUGGCAGGGUUUUAGACCUGUUCUUCAUCACAGACGGCAUGGAGCUAUUAGACACAAAACAGAGGCGAGAAGAUGUGUGUGAACAUCUGACAGCUGUUCUAGGAAAGAAUUUUAUCAACUGUGAACUUCAGUUGGCAGGGCCUGAGUAUGAGCGUUUGCGGGGGUUUUCAGAUCUGCCACCAGCAGUUGCUGAAGAAUUAUUUAGUAGUGAGCCGUCAGACAAGUACACUUCCAUGUUGCAAGCUCUCAGCCCAAGUAUGAAAACAGUAAAUAAGGCGACUGUUACUGUAGAUAAUAUAAUGAGUCCAGUGCAUACUUUGCUUCAGAUACAAUGUGUUGAUCACAAGGGCCUGAUAUAUGAUGUUAUGAGGAUUACUAAAGACUGCAAUAUUCAGAUCGUCUAUGGUAGAUUUUCUUCAAGUGUGGAAGGCAUCCGAAAUAUGGACUUGUUUGUCCAGCAAACAGAUGGGAAGAAGAUUGUGGAUCCUGAGAGACAGAUCGCAUUGUGUUCUCGCUUAAAAGAGGAGAUGCUUCACCCAUUGCGGGUGAUUAUUGCCAACCGGGGCCCCGAUACUGAACUCUUGGUUGCUAAUCCAGUUGAGUUAUCUGGAAAGGGAAGGCCCCGUGUAUUCUACGAUGUUACAUUUGCUCUAAAAACGUUAGGAAUAUGCAUUUUCUCGGCUGAAAUUGUGAGGCAUUCAACAUCAGAUCGCCAGUGGGAAGUCUACAAAUUUCUCUUGGAGGAAUCACGUGAAUUCCCUUUGGCAAGCAGUCGAGCAAGAAGUCUGAUUGUAAACAGAGUUCGAAGAACAUUAAUGGGCUGGUGAGCUGCUUCAUUUGCUACAUUUAUUUUGGUGAGGAAUGCAGUUUGGCAGCAGAAUAGUAUAUGCACUACUGCAUUUUCUCGACCAAUCGACAUCUCUACCUUGCAAGUGCGUCUUUCUUUGCUGAUGCAUGACAGAUGAGUUUUCAGUUGUUGCAGUUUGACUCUUUUUUGAGUUAGCAGAUCCAUGUGUUGUUGCAAGGCUCUCACCAUUGUAAAUAAUCCGACGUUUUGUUUUUCGAAGUUUAAUUUUUUUUUGUAACCCAUGUAUCUUCAUAUACCUAUCCUCAAAAUUCCUAGUAUCUUGUAAGUGAGCUUGGCAAGCAGUUCAUACUUCAUAAAGCCAACCAUUUCAGCUUUAGAAUGAAUAAAAGGACUGAAAAGAAUAGAUAAGGUUGAUCCUGAUUAA